AUGGCCGACUACGCGCGCGAAGAACAGAACAACGCCCUCCUCAGCUCGCUCAGCCAAAAGACCUCUGCCCUCAAACACAUCACGCUGGACAUCUACGACAACGCGCGCAACCAGGAGACGCUGGACUCGACGAACGAGGUGUUUAGCAGCAUGAGUACGAAUAUCCGGGGGAGUGCGGGCCGGCUCACGCGCAUGGCGAGGCAAGGGGAUCGGGUUGCCGUGCUCAAAGUCGCGGGCGUGGUUGUCGCGGGGGGGUUGCUUGUUUGGUGGGUUGGUGGGUGGAUUUUGGGGCUGUUGUUGGGGCGGUGA